GAAGCGAGGCAAAUAACGUGAACUUGUACCCUUAUUUUGUGUUUGGAAACGUUAUGGGAAUAUUUUGUCCAGCAUUUCACACAACCAUGGCCUGUAGAACACAACAGGGUAUUUUGAAGGCUACGGAAACAUUUCGGAGCGCCACUGCAGACAGAGUGAGGACCUGAACUCACUGAUGUGAGGUGUAGAGCUUUUCUGAGUGUGCUCAUCCACUCUUGAGCAUCAGGAUGAGUGGGACAGUAGAGCAGACUGAUAUCUUGGCUGUCGGGAGCAUGGUCCGGGAGCGAUGGAGAGUGUUGAAGAAGAUUGGUGGAGGUGGUUUUGGCGAGAUCUAUGAAGUGCUGGACCAUGUGAACCAGGUCAGUGUUGCUCUGAAAGUGGAAUCUGCCCAGCAACCAAAACAAGUCCUGAAGAUGGAAGUAGCAGUUUUGAAAAGACUUCAAGGUAAAGACCAUGUUUGUCGUUUUGUUGGCUGUGGACGCAAUGACCGAUUCAACUAUGUAGUUAUGGAGCUUCAGGGAAGGAACUUGGCCGACCUUCGACGCAACAUGAGUCAUGGCACCUUCAGCGUCUCCACCACACUCAGACUGGGCCGACAAAUCUUAGAAGCUAUCGAGAGCAUCCACUCUGUGGGCUUCCUGCACAGAGACAUCAAACCCUCCAACUUUGCAAUGGGCCGACUUAACAGUACAUGCCGAACCUGUUACAUGCUCGAUUUUGGAUUGGCACGCCAGUUUACAAACUCAUGUCAAGAAGUCCGUCCACCACGUCCUGUGGCAGGAUUCAGAGGGACCGUCCGAUAUGCUUCAAUUAAUGCUCACAAGAAUAAGGAAAUGGGUCGACAUGAUGACCUGUGGUCUUUAUUUUAUAUGCUUGUGGAGUUCAUGGUGGGUCAGCUCCCAUGGAGAAAAAUCAAAGACAAAGAACAAGUUGGAAAUAUGAAGGAGACAUACAACCAUCGACUCUUGCUCAAGCACCUUCCAGAUGAGUUUAGCGUUUUCUUUGAUCAUAUCUCCAAUCUGGACUACUAUACUAAACCAGAUUAUCAGCUCCUAAUGUCAGUCUUUGACAACAGUAUGAAGAGCUACAAUGUGGUGGAAAAUGACCCAUAUGACUGGGAGAAACUGGAUUCAGAGGACACCCUUAAUGUGGGAACUCUGGCAACCACAGCCCAGCAGUUGACUCGCCUCACACCUGCAUAUUUAGGUAUGGCCAAUGCCUCUGCAAUCCCGGGUGAUCUGCAGCGUGAGAACACAGAGGACGUCCUUCAGGGUGAGCGCCUCAGUGAGGCUGAUAACUGCGCCCCCAUCCCAACACAGCCUGCACUGGGAACCGAUGUCUGGGAGGAUGUAGAGCACAGUCGUGACAGAAAUCUCAACCAUGUUCAGCCGCAAAUCAGAAAGGUGGCUAGUGAGGAGGAACGAAGCAAAGAGGGCAACCAAAGCCCCAACAGUGGCUCCAUCCAGGGCUCCCCCAGACGCGUGCGCUCCGAAACCUUGCUCAUCGACCACAUGGCUCCGCUGCUGAGAAGGAUGCGCCACAGUCAGAGCAUGGGGCUGGAUAAGAGACUAACUCCUGAACCCAAACCUACCAUUGAACGCUUCCUUGAGGCCUACUUAGGAAAGCAACGUCCAGGUCUGCCCCAGGACAGGGCUGUCUGUCGGGUCGAGCAGGGCUCUUUGGAGGAUGAAGAGGGGGCAGCAAGCAGUGGUUACGUUGCCGUGAACCUCAGCCCUGUCCCACAAGAGGGCGACUCACAGGAGUGGGUCCUAGUGGAGCUUGAGGGUGGCAGCGGUUCAGCCGGCUCUAAACCAGAUGAGGAGGAACGCUCAGGGAUCUCGCCACGCUCCUCCAGCCCCCUCGCUCUCCCUCGUACCUGGUCUGAUCCCCUGCCUCAGCGCACUAGCAAUCUAAGUGGCUCAGUUGAUUUUCACACAGGUGUCUGCCACACUGGACCUCCAUUUGCAAGACUUCCCGGUUUGUCUGGAGUAAUAGGCUUGUCUGGAUUGAGAAGACUACCCGCAAUACAGCCUGCGACAUUGGCCCACCUUAACAGGGCUCAUCUGGAGCAGUCCUCCAGUGCAGCAGUACAGACCGUUCAGCCUCAACAGAAGACAGGAGACGACUUUCAGCCUAACAAUCCAUCAGGAACUGCAGAAAAGGAGCACAACCACGUGCCAGCAGCCAAUUCACCCUCUAGAAGCUCUAACAAGCCAGAUGAAAACAUGAUCUCUGUUAAGGCCUUUGAUAAGGAUGUGGAGAGUGACUCGGGCUGCCCUGACGGUGGACCUUCUUCAACCCCCAACCAGGGUGAGAUGACAGGACACAGUGUUGAUGCGGCUCCUGCUUCACCUCGUGAACUCUCUCCACGAGCCAGUCGCAUCCCUGUCCGUGACCCGGACUCUCCGACCCGCAAGUGUUUUCCGGCUCCGCUUUCUCCAUCCCUGUCGCUGUCAUGUGAGCACUUCCCCUCAGCACUGCUGCGUGACAAAUUCACCUUCCCCACCGGUUCCCGAGGGUCAGACUGGCAGGUGGAGGAGCCGCUCUCUUUGUCCUCCUCUUCAGGCCCUUUGUCGAGCAAGAGUAAAAUACCAAGACCCAUAAGCCCCACACUAGUGUCGGAUCAGAUCUCUGCUCGAUUUAUUCCUCGACCGCCACCAGGAAAACCACCUCUCCGCACAGGUGGAGAAAACAGACGCAGACGUUACCGCAUUCGUGCCAGCAGCACCGGUGACACGGACCUCCUAGACAACCUGUCUCAGCUGAUGCAGGAACGCGGUGGACUGACUGUUUGCUCGUCCCGCUGCCAGAGGACCACCGCCUGCUCUCUGCAACGCUCACUGAGCUCCUCUCCUUCCCGUUUUGAAGGUGCUCACAGCCAAUCACCAAGCAGCUGCUCAGCCUCCCCCCCUCCAAGAAUCAGUGACUUGCGAGUAAACCAAGGCUCGGGCUUCUGCUCCAGAGUCAGAGCCGGCAGUGCUGAGAGCAAAACCACCACCAAAAUGAGCAAAUAAACAGAAAAGUGUGUACAGAGAAACGUCCAACGGUUUUAAAAGUAGCUUUUAACGUCUCCUGAAGAACUGUAGCCUUUUUACAAGUGGUGUUUUGAUGAGUAGAGAGGUAAAAGGUUUUUGCCGGUUGGUUGUGAUGUACUUGAAAGUUUUAUGUUUUGGAGAUUUUAUCGAAAUGUUAAGUAUUAGAAAGACAUUUCACUCAAAAAUGAACAUUUGUGGUUACUUUACUCAUCAUGUUGGAGACUUUUUUUUCAGUAAGGCAUUGAAGAAGAUUUUCAUCUAAAAGAGGGAUGCUUUAUGGUCAUAUAUAAUGUAAAAAAGUACAGGCCAAGCUAAACUAAUGUUACCAACACUACAUUUAAAAUUUUAAUUCUCUUCCUAAUCCACUGCUUGUAAUUUCUCUUUUUAAAACUGCUGUGGAUUAUUUUUAUUUAGCAUUUGUUUGUUUGUUUUUUGACUCUCAAAACAACUAAAAGCUGCUAAGUGCAAUUGUAUUAAUCACAUUGACCUACAUUUUCUUUUCAGCUAAAAAUCUUCUUUAAAGUUUUCCUGAAUGACCAGAUGAACUGAGUAAAACAACAACAAAUGUACAUAUUUCAGUGAACUAUAAUUCCUUAAACAUGCUGAAAUCCUCUAGUGAUGCUGUGUGUCUUUAUAUCUAAAAAGAGCUGAUUUUAUUUCAUCAUUUAUUAUUAUUUUUUAUUCGAUAUAGUUUGUGCCAUACUGUGUUUUCAUUUCGUUCAUGUUUUUGUUCUCAUAUAUACACUUUUAAAAAAUAUUUUAUUUAUUUUUAACAAUUUUGCAUAAUCUGACUUGCACAGUCUCCUAUUUUUAACACUAUCAUUCAAUCACUAAUGUUUGAAAUGUGAGAACAAUGAGGCGGCACGUAGUACCUCAUUGUAUUCUAUCAAACAGAUGCAUGUUACUUGUUUUGUAGGCACUUCACAUCUUUAGCCUUACGUUUAUUCCCCCAACAAGCGUUUAAAUGCUCUUUUCAGCUAACGCAGGGGUGUGGAACUCAAUUCCUGGAGAGCCACAGCCCUGCAGAGUUUAGUUCCAGCCUUGCUUCACCACACCUAUCUGUAAGUAUCAAACAAACCUAAAUCACUCAAUUAGUUUAAUUGUUUGAUUAGGGUUGCAACUAAACUGCAGAGCUGCGGCCCUCCAGGAACUGAGUUUAACACCUGUAAGCUAAUGGCUAUCUAUACACUAUAAUAUCAUUCAUGUAUAGAUACACCUGGUCCAAGCAAGCAUGUGUAUAUAUGUAUUUCAGGGAAUGUAUGUACUGUAAACUGUAUCAUCUAUAGAAUGUAUUUAUUUAUUUAUUUAUUGGAUGUGGUUACGUACCUGACGAUGUAGCUUUACUAGCCGCUACUGAGGGAAUUCGCCAUCACAUUAAGGGUCCUUGCAGUUGCCAAGUAUAAUCUCUUCCAUGCCUGCAAUAUCAUACUAACAACCCCUGUAAAUAGUCAUAACGUCGACAAGAAACCUACUGAUUUAUUCCAAUGAAAUGCUACGGACCCUUCCAGGAACUCUUGAUUCAGACACUAUAGUCCCACUACCAUAUUACUUGAACACAUCAGCAAAAUGUCUGUUUGAUACGUUGGCUGUUUCGGACUCAAUUUGGAAUUGAAUUCUCUUGUUGUAUUUGUUAAAAGCGUUAGGCACAAAGAAAGGGAUUGUAGCUACCGAGUCAUUACCAUAAGUUCAUUGUGUGCUGUGCUUCUAGAAUAGCUGUUUUGUUUGGGAUCGUUUAUUUUGUUUUGUUUUCCGGAGGUACUUUUACUUUAAGAGCAUCAGUUUAGGCUCCAUCAACUGAGGGACGGCGAAUUGUACAUAAUCUGAACUGUAAAUAGAUAUAAAUAUAUUAAGAAAAAAAGAAAUUACACCUCAUGCUUCAUGUACUGUAUUUUGCUAACAAACAUAUUUCAAUCAUGCAAAAAAGUUGGAAUGUAUAUGUAUUCAUAUUAAUGGAAUAAAUAAGUACUCUUAAGUACCAGAUGCUUGAUGCUGUGACGAUAUUAUGCUGUCAAUAAUAAAUGUUAUAAUUCAUUGUUUCAUAGUCUA